AUGUUUCGUCGUUCCUGCCGCAUUUUUUGCGCGCCUGUGGAACGGAUGGUGGAGGAAUUUGACGUUGUCAUUGUGGGGGGUGGCCCCGCGGGAUUAUCUGCGGCCAUCCGCCUGAAACAGCUUGCCGGCGAUGCGAAGGACGACUUUCGGGUUGGACUCGUCGAGAAGGGAAGUGAGAUUGGGGCGCACACGCUCUCUGGCGCCUGUAUUGAGACACACUCGCUAGAUGAGUUGUUACCGGACUGGCGCAAAGCCACAGAUCUGCCGACAAUGACAGCUGUCAAGAAUGAUGCAUUAUAUCUUCUUCGGGAUAAGGAGCGAAGCAUGAAGUCGCCGUUGCUUCCGCCCACACUACACAAUCGCCAUUCCUACAUUGUGUCUCUUGGUUCCGUGUGUAAAUGGCUAGGCGAGCGGGCGACGGAGUUGGGUGUGGAGAUAUACCCAGGCUUUGCCGCAGCGCAGCCAGUGUAUGACGGCAGUGGCGAGGCGCUAGAAGGGGUGCAGCUGAAUGACGUUGGUAUCAACAAGAGGGGUGAAAAAACACCCCAAUACGAACCUGGCAUGAUCUUCAAGGCAAAGCAAACUAUAUUUGCCGAAGGAUGCCGCGGAUCCUGUACAAAGCAGCUAGAGAAAAAGUUUGGUCUCCGUGGUGAGGGAAAUUUCCAGACAUAUGGGCUCGGCAUCAAGGAAGUUUGGGAGGUGCCAGCGGAGGCGCAUCGUCCUGGGACGGUGAUGCACACCAUUGGAUGGCCCCUCACGGACAAGGGACAUCACAACACAUACGGUGGCUCCUUCAUGUAUCACUACGGCGAUGGAUUGAUUUCACUUGGCUUCGUUAUUGGUCUGGACUAUAGCAACCCGCAUAUCCGACCGUACAUGGAAAUGCAGAAGUGGAAGACGCACAAGUUGAUUUCGUCGCAACUGAAGGAUGGAAAACCCCUGCUGUACGGCGCACGAACCCUUGUUGAGGGCGGUUACGUCUCUCUGCCCAAAUUACACUUCCCCGGUGGCCUGCUCGUUGGUGACUGCGCCGGAUUUUUGAACCUGCCGAAGAUUAAAGGGACCCACACGGCAAUGAAGUCUGGUAUACUUGCAGCAGAGGCGGUAUACGAUGACGCCUUUGCUUCCGGAAAGGAAAAGCGGGAUGGGGUGGAGUGCAGGAGCUACGACGAUCGGUUCCGCAACAGUUGGCUGCACAAGGAACUUUACGCGGUGCGCAAUGUGCGCCAGGUGUUUGCACGCAACUUCUUCCAGGGUGUUUUGUACACAGGGAUCACAACAACGAUCACGCGCGGCUGGGAGCCAUGGACGCUUUCACAUCACAAGCCGGACCACGAGGCCCUCAAAGUCGCCGCGGAUUGUGAGCCAAUCGAGUACCCGAAGCCUGACGGGAAACUCACCUUUGAUCUUCUCACCAACCAUAGCCGUAGCGGCACUGCGCACAACGCCGACCAACCGGCGCACCUCAAGCUGAAGGACUCUUCAGUGCCGGAAAAAGUCAAUCUUGCUGUGUAUGAGGGUCCUGAGGGGAAGUAUUGUCCUGCAAAGGUGUACGAAUUCGUGGAUGGGAAAUUAGUCAUCAACGCACAGAACUGUCUGCACUGUAAGGCUUGUGAUAUCAAGGAUCCCACGCAGAACAUCAAUUGGAGUGUGCCGGAGGGAGGUGGCGGUCCGAAUUACAGUGCACAGAUGUGA